AUGCUUGAGGCUGCCGAGACCAAAUAUGGGUUAAACAAAACGGCUAUUACUGAGAAUAUUCUUUGCUUCAAGCUUCCCAACCUCACGGAAUGGUUCGUGGUGGCUGCAGAAGCUAUUGACCUGGCCACUCGUUUAUACGGCAGGAGGCCGGACGAUUCUUGUUCACCAACGUUAUGGUCGGACAUGGUUCAAGUUCCAUUCCCGUUUCUCGACCCGGAAAGUAGGGAAAUGGAGUUUGGGAGACAAUGUCGUGCGUGUAAUAUGGCGUACGUUGAGCACAGGGAUAUCUGGACCAAAACCGAGAUCAGUCCCACCGAGUCCGAGAGUGAGGACUGGGAAAGAAAUUUGAGAGACCUCGAAGACCUGGGGCUCACUGUUUUUGGAAUCAGGGAGCUUUUGAGGCAUAUCCGUAGCGGCGACUGCCCAGAGGCCACGGUGUUCUGGGCACAAGAAAUACAGAACUUGUAG